UUUUUUUUUUUUUUUUGCUGCUACUCACAUGCAUGGAAUGUGUCUGACACGUGUUUAUACCACCACACCUGGCGCUGUGUGUAAAGUGAAAGAAUACUUUCAUUUGCCUCAUAAUGGCUGCCUUUUUUUAUGCUGCCUACCUAUGCUAGCCUGACGAUGCAUUCAAAGACCGCCAGGUGCGGGGGAACUCGUGUGUGUUUCUAAAGAAACUGCACAAGAACUUUAAAAAAAGGUCUUGUGGUGGCGGCGAAAGAACAAAAAAAAAAAAAAAGAGUACAAGUUGUAAAGAUCAUAGUCUCCUCCUGUGGACUGGCAGCAACCGGGGCUGUGGGAUGUGUCCACUGUCCACUGUCCACUGUCCACUCCCGAGCACCGCCCUUCCACACCGGCUGACAUCCAGCAGACACCCAGCAGCAAGGACCUGGGAGGGAAGUGUCUUUCGGUCCUGGACAUACGGGGCAUGAUGGUGCGGGCCAAGCACAGGGUGUAGCCACAUCUGGCAGAGCGCUUGCAAGAAGCACGAGCCUCGGCACACCCAAGCAUCCACCGCAGUCUUGGAGAGAUGGGAGAGACGGAGGAGGAGAGGGAAAACAACUCUGGGAAGCUCUUUGAGGAUUUCAUCCAGGCUUCCACCUGUAAGGAAACCUUGCAGGCCUUCAAUGUCCUAUGUGGACAGCUGGACCUGGAACCUGGCGACAGCAACCUCUACUGCAGUCUGAAGGCUAAUGUCACCUUCUGGAAGGCCAAAGCACUAUGGAGCAAACUGGACAAGAGGAUGUCCCACAAGGAGUACCAGAAAGGUCAAGCCUGUGCAGGCACCAAGUGCCUCAUCAUUGGAGGAGGUCCGUGCGGCCUGCGUACAGCCAUCGAGCUGGCCUUGAUGGGCUCCAAAGUGAUGGUGAUCGAGAAGAGGGACUCCUUUUCCAGAAAUAAUGUGCUGCACCUUUGGCCCUUCACCAUUCAUGACCUGAGGGGCCUCGGGGCCAAAAAGUUUUACGGGAAAUUCUGUGCCGGCGCCAUAGAUCACAUCAGUAUCAGGCAGCUGCAGCUCAUGCUGCUGAAGGUGGCCCUUAUCGUUGGAGUGGAAUUUCACAUCAAUGUGGAGUUUGUCAAGCUGCUGGAGCCUCCCGAGAACCAGGAAAAUGAAAGGAUCGGGUGGAGAGCCGCAAUCCGACCUGCUGAUCACCCCGUGGCUGACUUUGAGUUUGACGUUGUGGUUGGGGCGGACGGGCGCAGAAACACGCUGGAAGGUUUCAAAAGAAAAGAAUUUCGUGGUAAACUGGCAAUUGCCAUCACCGCCAACUUUGUCAACAGGAACACGACGGCAGAGGCCAAGGUGGAGGAGAUCAGUGGUGUGGCCUUCAUUUUCAACCAGAAGUUCUUUCUUGACCUCAAAGAUGAAACAGGCAUUGACCUGGAGAACAUUGUGUACUACAAGGACAACACACACUACUUUGUCAUGACGGCAAAGAAACAGAGCUUGCUGGAUAAAGGAGUUGUUCUCAAUGAUUACAUGGAGACGAACAGGCUGCUGAGCCGUGAUAACGUCGACCAGGAAGCACUUUUGUGCUAUGCCAGAGAGGCUGCUGACUUUGGCACCAACUACCAGCUACCCACGCUGGAGUUUGCCAUAAACCACUGCGGGCAGCCAGACGUGGCAAUGUUUGACUUCACCAGCAUGCACGCCUCUGAGAACGCCGCUCUCGUCAGGGAGCGAUUUGGACACCAGUUGCUAGUUGCUCUGGUGGGCGACAGCCUGUUGGAACCCUUCUGGCCCAUGGGGACGGGCUGCGCCAGAGGCUUCCUGGCUGCCUUUGACUCAGCUUGGAUGGUAAAGAGAUGGGCUCAGGGUCGAACAGUUCUUGAGGUGCUGGCAGAGAGGGAAAGCAUAUACAGAUUGCUGCCACAGACGACACCUGAAAACAUCACCAAAAACUUGGAACAGUACACCAUCGACCCAGCAACACGAUACCCAAAUCUCAUGUCCUCGUGUGUCAGGCCUCUUCAGGUGCGUCACUUGUACUUGAGUGGAGAAUUGAAUACCUGCUCUUUGGAGCGUGCCACCUCCAUCCGUCGACCUAUCUGCAGACGAGAUUCUGAAAUCAGACCGGCAAGGCUUCUCACAUGGUGCCAAACACAGACAGAGGGCUACCGAGAUGUAGCGAUCACUGACCUCACAUCCUCUUGGAGAAGUGGCUACGGCCUGUGUGCCCUGAUUCACAGGUUCAAACCCCAACUGAUAGACUUUGAGACACUCAAUGAGGAAAACCAGGCCGCCAACCUCCAGCUGGCUUUUGAUAUCGUAGAGCGGGAAUUUGGGAUCCGACCUUUCGCAUCCGUGAAAGAGCUGAGUGGUUCCCUGGAGCUGGAAAAGACCAAAAUGAUCAGCUACCUUUCCAAGAUAUACGAACUCUUCAGAGGCACACCUUUACCGGAUGAAGGCUCCAGAAGAGUGGAUCAAAACUGUGAAGAUUAUUCAUCUCAGGAAGUCCAAAGUAUUAAUAAUGUUCUUAAUCUUGCUCUGCCAAGGAAACGUGUUCCGAAGGAUGAGAAGAAGUCAGAUGGUACAGAUCCAAUUUACAAAAGGAGAAGAACAUUUUGCACUUACUUGGACGAGGCCACCAAAGGCCCCUCAGUAUUAAACGGAAAGGAACCCAAAGAGAACAGAGUGCGCUCCAUGGCCACACAGUUGCAAGCCAAGUUUGACAGUAAUUCAAGUUACAUCCAACGUAAACAGUCAGACUGUGAGAGAUCAUCUCCUGUUCAUAGUUUCGGACCUGCUGAGUGCGUGCACUUAAAAGUAUUGCCUCCUGUUCCGCACAAACCGCCUCCUGAAUUGCAGUUUCAAGUCCGUAUCAAACAUGCAGCACAAAAGUUGAAAUGUGUGCCAGGCGAGGCACGAGACAAAGACCAUCAGCUGCCGCUUCAGCCUGAGUGCUUCUUCUCUUUUGUGAAGCUCAGACAUGUGGCACAGACAUAUGAACGGGCCAAGACCCCGCCAGAAACAGAGAGUACAUCAUACACCACACCCUCUGUCCACUCAACAGUUACAUUCAUGUCGAGAGUUCUGCAGCGCCUCAAGGAGGUGGAUGAACUCAUCUGUGAGAAAAAAGUUCAGUCACAACAAACUAGAGAGUUUCAAUCAAAGAGCAUAAAGGAAAAAGCAAAUCACCUCAGCGGGUUGAUCUCAGGGGACAGAUCUGUUGUUGUCAAGGGCAGCUCAGUCCAAAAGACGUUCCCCCAGUCGAGUGAAAAGUGUCACUCCUGUGAGCGGCGAGUUUAUUUGGUGGAGAGGAUUUGUGCAGAGGGAUUGUACUUCCACAGGGAGUGUUUCCGCUGCGCCAAGUGCAGUUCUACACUGCGCCAGGGAUCACAUGCCUUCGACUCUCAACAUGGAAAAUUGUACUGCAAGCUUCACUUUGGGCAACGUCAAAAUGGUUUGCAAAGGAAUCUGUCUGCCCGCUCAGAUCCUUUUGAAAGCCAAGUUCAAAAGCGAUGUGGAGCUAAUGAAGAGGGCGUCGCCUCGUCCCGAGCGUUGGAGCUGCAGAGCCGACCUGCAGCAGCAGCUGGGUGGUUACAGGUGCCCCGUUAAAGGUAUGGUUUGAUUCCCAGCCAGGACAUGCAAGAGAAACCUGUACAAGUGGGAUAUCACUCAUAUUUGGAGAAAAUCAUAUCUGAAUAUUGGAACGAUUUUGUGUUGUAAUUGUAUGAUGAACUCAAUGUUUCUGCAUUGUUUUGUUUCUGUUUCUGUAUGUUUGGAUUUUCUGAGUCUGUUUACCAUUAUUGGCUUAUGUACACACUCAAUGCUGGUAUUUUUAACUGCAAAUAAGGCUCGUCAUGUUCCAUGUUUUACUUGACGUUAACCUGAAAUUUCAAAUUAAUACAUGGUUAUAACCCAAAUACCAUAUUUUUAUAGAGCUCACCGGUAUUUAAGCCGCACCCACCAAAUUUUUGAAAAAAAAAAAUGUUUACAUAUAUUUGCCGCACCGGACUAUGAGCCGCAGAUAUAUUCCGGUACGAAAUAUUUUCAAAAUUUUUAUUUACAUGCCAAAGUUGUUGCCAAACAGUGUCUAUAACACGGCAGUAAAACAAAUGAUUAAACAAAAGAGAAGUAGUCGUCAUGAUACCACUGGCUGCGGAAGCUCGCUCUCCAAUCAGCUAAACAGAAUCAAUAACUUCAAAGUGACGUCUUGGUGAAUUUACAUAACUGAAACCAUGCAAAAAGAGUGUCAUAGUACAUUAGUAAUACAAACACAGACACUUGUAAAUGUAUUAGCAUAUUUGGACUGGAACAUUUCCAAAGGCAAAUAAACUGCAGUCAUACAGAAGAACAGUCUGGAAGCCAGAAUACUGAAGAACUAUUGGCCCAUUUCAAACCUGCCAUUUUCGGGCAAAGUCCUAUAAAAAGUUGUAUACCAACAGCUUAGUGACUCGUGUGUGUUUGAUGCUAUCCAGUCAGGCUUUAGGUCCCACCCUGGCACUGACACAGCUCUGAUCAAUAUAACAAAUGAUGUCUUCCUGAACACAGAAGCAGGAAAAGUCUCAGUCUUGGUUCUGCUGGACUUGAGUGCUGCCUUUGACACAGUUGACCAUACUAUCUUAAUGCAGAAAACUGGGUGGGAAUAUCUGGUUUUGUGUUUAACCGGUUCAAGUCCUGUCUCGAUCACAAGACAUACUUUGUUGAAAUUAGUAACUGUCUUUGAGCAAAGUGCUAUGACCUGUGGUGUUCCUCAGGACUCGAUUCUCGGACCCCUGUUGUUCAACUUGUACAUGCUGCCACUAGUUCCGCUAAUUCGCAGUUUCAAGGUGUUACCUGCUCGAGUCCUGACUAGAACCAGGAAAUACAACCACAUUAAUCCACUGCACUGGCUUCCGGUUGCUCAGAAAAUAGACUUAAAAACUGCUUUCCUUGUGUAGAAGUCUUUCCAUGGUCUUGCGUCAAAGUACAUGUCUGACAUGUUAGACACAUAUGGACCAUCUCGAGCUCUGAGAACGUCAAGGAGUGGUCUUCUGCUGUUGCCCACAGUCAGGACCAAACAUGGUGAAACCGCGUUUCAGUUUUAUGCUCCUAAAGUCUGGAAUGGUCUUCCUGAAGAUGUGAGACAGGACUCAACGUUGGCAAUGUGCAAAUCCAGGCUGAAAACACUUUUAUUUACUUGUGCAUAUGACAACUGAAAAUAAUUUAUCUACAGUAUUUUAUUGAUUUGAAUUAAUUAUGAUUAUUUUUAUGAUUGUAUUACUAUAUACAUUUUUAUUUUUGCCUUUUAAUUUUCUGUAAAAGCACUUUGAAUUAACUUCUGUUCAAAUUGUGCUCAAUGAAUAAAAUUGCCUUGCCUUACCUUUGCAAAUGGUAA